CCACUUUCUAAUUGCAUCGCCACGAAAUGUAUCUCAAAUUGGUACACAUUUUGACGAUCAUUGGGUGUUGUGCGCUAACAUCAGCAAACAAUUGGCAGUACAACCUUUACAAAGGCCUGGAAGAAUAUGUACGCACGGGAAACGAGUCGGCCCAAUUGCGCAGUGCCGUAUCGGGAAUCAAAUUUCCACGAUUAUUCCGCACCAGCUACACCAGAAAGGAAAAGGAUUUGAUGAGCGAUAUUGUUUGUGGAGCGUGCAAUAUAGGUGUGGAUGUUGUCAUAACAGCUCGAAAGGAGGGUACUCCAAUUGAAACGAUUGGGGACGUUAUUGAGUUUUUCUGCAAGAACGUUUUCAUGGAGCCACCUCAUGUGUGCAGUGGAUUUCUAGAUUUGAACUUGCGUACAUUCGGAUACAUGCUCGACAAUACGAAGAACAUAACCUCCAAAAGAGUGUGUUCCAUUAUUCUGCAAGAUUUUAAUUGUAUAGACCCAGAUCGAGUAGAUUGGACCGUUAAUAUUCCCCCUCGACUAGCGAACAGCACUCAUGUACUUCAAAAGGGUAAUUCAGAUUCAUACAAAUUACUACACCUGACCGACCUGCACUACGAUCCAAACUAUGAGGUUGGAUCAGGAGCAAAUUGUAUUGAGCCACUUUGCUGUCAGUCGGGUAGCAUAGCUCUUCGAUCAGAGGAUCAGGCGGGCUAUUGGGGAGACUAUCGUGGCUGUGAUUUACCAUGGCAUUCGUUGGUAGAUGCCUUAGACCACGUGACAUCAGAACAUCAAGACCUAGAUCUGGUUUAUUUUACGGGCGACAUAAUCGACCACAAGAUAUGGAAAGUCAGCGUUGAACACAACAAGGAGACCAUUCGAACCGUUUACAAAAAGUUAAACGAAACCUUUGGAAACGUAAAGGUUUAUCCUGUUUUGGGAAACCACGAACCGCACCCUGUCAAUAUGUUUUCCUCGCACGUUGUUGAACAUAACCAUUGGUUAAGCACCCAGUGGGUGUUUGAGGUAUCCGCAGAGGAAUGGCUAAGAUGGCUACCAAAGGAAACGGAGGAAACCAUUUUAAGAGGAGGAUACUACACCGUUCUUCACAAACCGGGCUUUAGAGUGAUCGCAUUAAAUAGUAACGUUUGCUAUACCCACAACUUCUGGCUGUUUCACGAAGACAAGGAUCCUUUCGGUCAACUGCAAUGGUUAGUCGACACGUUAGCAGAGGCGGAAAAAAAUGGCGAACUAGUCCACAUACUUUCGCAUGUUUCAUCUGGCGACGGGUCGUCAAUGCAUAACUGGGGUAACGAGUUUGCUAAAAUCAUGUACAGGUUCUCCCAUAUUAUUUCUGCCGAAUUCAACGGUCAUUCACACGAUGAUGACAUCGUGAUACUUUACACGCAAGAAGAGACACCGGAGCCAAUAAACGUCGCGUUUAACGGGGGAAGUCUCACACCCUGGUCCAAUUUAAAUCCAAAUUACAAGGUGUACGAAGUGGAUUCAAACACACAUCACGUCGUCGACUAUGAGUCGUGGUCUUACAACUUAACCGAAGCCAACAUGGACCCCCAAACUCGUCCUCAGUGGAAAAAGCUGUACAGUUUUAAGGAAUCGUAUGGCGUUACCGAUAUAUCACCAAAAGAGGUGGCCAACUUAGUAGAGAGGAUGACCAAAGACCCAGAGCUUACCCAAUCCUACUUCAGAUUUAAGACACGCGAUGCCGAUCCUUUCAGGGCGAUAGGAUGUGAUAGCGAAUGUGAACUGAAGAAUAUUUGCUACAUGGUCACAUUUACCAACAGCAAUAGGAAGCAAUGCGAAAUGUUUACGGAAAUGUACAAUGCUAAUCGGAACCAGACGUUAUCUCUAUUUUUUUAAGCAGUUUUUAUAUUCUAUA